CUAUUGACGCGCUUCAACCUCGCGUGGACCCGCGUCGCCGAGCGCCCUUGCCACCUUCACCGACCAACAAGAUCCGAUUCAUCAGCUUCGCCAUCCCGAGGGGCACCAAUUCCAAUACAUUCAUGCCAAAAGCGCCUGGAGGAAAUGUCUAGCGGCGACGACUCCCCGUCGGCCGCCUCGUUCUGCACCGCAAGCGAGGUGCCCGACCGCGAACAGAACGCGAACACGACGGCGCAGACCAGCCCGUCGCAAUGCCACGACGCGCCCGCCAAGAGGACGAGACAUGCCGGUGCCGGCGCUGCUAGAGCACAUGCGCCGCCCGCCAUGACAGGAAAAGAAGGAUACCGCGACGCAAAGCUUCUCCCGCGCGAGCUGCGCGACCAGUGCAAGAUUUACCUCGAGGAGAGGAUGUAUCUCCCCGCCAUGCAGAUGCUGAGCAGCACGCUGCUAGCCGGCGGCCACCGCGCCAAUCCCACCGCGGCCUUCAUCCCGCCGCAUCCGCACCUCGCCUUUCUCGCCAGCCUCGCCAUCCACCCCAAGUUCACCAACCGGCCCACGACCUCGGACGGGCAGGCCAUCGGCUCGCGGGCCAUGCAGUACCUGCAGGCGCUGCAGAGGACCGUCGGCCCCGUCAACGCCAACCUGGCUGCGGCGUUUGACUUUGAGCCCUGGCGCAAGCGCCUGCGCCGCGGCGCCGCCGCGUCGGCCGACUUGGACCUGAGCGACGACGAGGACCUCCUCCGGGGACAGUUUGUGGAGGGCUACGUCGUCUUCGCCAAGGCCGAGAGCUUUUGGAAGCUGGUCGGCUGGGCGUUCAACUGCAGCGCGCUGCACCCGGAGCGCUGGAGGUACUGGAGGGUGUGGUUGGAGUUUUUGGUGGACGUGCUGGAGAGGGAUUAUGAGGAGAGGCAGAGGUUGGAUGAGGGGGCGGGCGGCGAGCCGGGCAGCGAGCUGGGCAGCGAGGCAAGCAAUUCGGAUGAUGCCAGGGGUACCCAAUGGCGCGAGGGUUCCCUGCUGUUCCGGUACAUGUGCAGCACAGACCGCAGGUCUGGCGAGCUCAACAGGUCCACGAUCAAAGGGAUGCUGAGGGCCAUCUUUGCGGAUGGAACCGAGUCCUCCGUCAGGGAGUUCCCGGAGCUGUUUGCGGAUGAGGCAAAACCCAAGCCAACGGCAGGCGCCAAGAGGAAGAGGGGCCUCAGCACAACUUUGGAUCUCGAGAGGGAGCAGUACGGUGACUAUCUCGACGAGGAUGGAUACAGCUCGUCCGGGUCACAGCCAGCCUCUCCUAGUGGAAGACAGGUGAAACGAAUGCGUGGUGGGAAAGCAAAGCCCGCGGGUCCGGUGGAGGAUCCGCCUCCGAGUGAGCACCUAUUGGAGUCUGUGGGCUUGCGCCUGCGCCUUUUUGAACUGCUCGGCGUAGCGAUUAGAGAUCACUCGGGCCGUGAAGAAGGCCUCCAGGACCUGUACAGCGAUUUUUGCUUCACCCUACGAUCACUCCACCUAGACACAUUCGCCGCCUUUAUCGCGCCACACGGCACUGGCCUCCCGCUCGACUCGCUCGUCACGGUGAUCCGCGAGACGAUGGAGCACUUCCAACCCAAAACCGCCCCGAAGCCGUCCAGGGUCGACAAGGCGGCGGCCGAGGGCGGGUUCCUCACCAUGGCCCUGAUGGAAAAGUGCUACCUCCCGACCGUGGCCUCGGGCGGCGUCGACAACAACGCCCGCUACUCGCUCCUCGUCGAGGCCCUGCUGCGCAUCCUGUGGCAGGCCGGCCAGGCGCCCUACACGCCGGAGCUGGACGACGCCGUCCGCGCGGGCGUCGCGGCGCGGAACGAUUGCAAGGGGGGCAGGGGCGCCCGCGCCAAGGAGUCGACGAGGGAUGAUGCUGCUCGUCGCGUGCUGGUCGAAUCGGGAGAUCGGCUCGAGAUGCUGGUGGAUAUCAUCCACGACGAGGGCCAGCGGAUGGAUUGCGAGGAAGACCAGCAAGGUACAUUGCAUUAGCAUGUUGCGGACCUCUGUUUUCGCUUGACCUUUUUUUUGCGUCUUUUUCUGCAUGAUGUUUGCUUUUGCUUCUCAACCUCUCGGCUGCUUCCCUUGCGCCCCCAGCGUCAUUGUUUGAUGAAAAGGUGCAACGAACGGCUAACUGGGAACAGAGGUCCAAUGCCUUUUCACAUUCUAAGGUCCCACAGUCAGGUGACUUUUGAGGUGACGGGCCACAGACCGCAAUAUCACGGCUUGCGGGACGUCGAGAUGAUGGAUGAUAUUGAUACCCGGAGAUGGUCCAGUCAUGCGCUUUUUGCCGCUCAUGGGCUGGGUGGAUGUUGUUUUGCCGAGUAACAGUCUCGGCUUAGAGUUCUAAUGUUAUGGCCACCACUGGCCCCUUAUCAGUUCGGAUGUUUAGGUUUGGCAAGGAUGCUCUAUAUGAUCUUGCUAGUGUCCAGGACGCUCUUUUGGAAUGGCUUGGCGGAAAGGCGCAAGCAUGAGGACUGUUUUAUGGCCUAAUCGUGUUAAUGAAUGAAUAUACCCCUACAUGAUGAUAGUACCUGCCGAG